AUGUCGCUUUCCACUUGCGUAUUGGGUUUCCGUUUUCUUAUUUCUCGGUUGUGUCUUGUUCGGCCUUGCCUCCCUGUGCUUGGCGUGUUUCUGUCAUGCGUUUUUCAGAUCGGCGAUCUGCAUAACAUGAACGUAUAUCUCCUCAGUAAACAGACCUCACUACGCGCCAGCUUUCCUAUCCCGAGCGCGACCAUAAGAUUAUCCAGCAACAAGCGCGGCCUUGAUGGACAUCGACUGCCAGCCCCACAGCAAGGCCCUCUUCUAAUGCUAAAUCGCGUCCCCCGUCCUCGCCCGGGGUGCGAGUCAAGUUCCCAGGCUGUCCUCGAGUCCGGCGCAGUGGUUUUCCACUUUCAGCUCGUGUCUGAAGACAAACAGACACUCACUACUGGCGGCUCCGCGCCUAGUUUCUGCUCGCCCUCGCCAGGGGUGCGAGCUAAGUUCCCAGGUAGUCCUCGAGUCCGGCGCAGUGGUUUUCCAUUUUCAGCUCGUGUCUGAAGACAAACAUGCGUGCGUCACUUGCGGCCCCACGCCUAGUUUUCGCGGCGGGUUACGUUCCCGGGCUUACCUCGCACUCGAGCUCAGCGAAGCAGUUUUCCAGUUUCAGGUCGUGUCUGA